AAAAAAAAAUGUUCACCGCAUCCAAUAUCCCAUCGACCUCUUCGAUCCUAGCCAUGUACUCAACCUUCGCCGCAGCAGCAAUGCUCGUCAGAACGAUACUCAACGAGGUCCAAACCUUAGCCACCCAACUGAUCCCUCAAUGGCUCCAAGUCAAAAUCCUGUCCAUUUUUGGUCAGUUCUUCACUAACCCAACCACCCAAAUGACCCUUUUCAUCAAAGAACACGCCAACAUGGAACUCAACGAGCUCUAUCAGGCUUCUGAAGUCUACUUGAGCACUAGGAUCACGAGUUCCAUCGGGCAGCUUCAGGUCAGCAAGGCGCCUCGAGAGAAAUCCUUGUCGAUCAAGGUAAACAGGGGACAACAGGUUCUUGACACGUUCCGAGGGAUGGAUUUGGUGUGGGAAUUCGUCACUACGGAGACUCAGCAGAUUAUCGUAAACUACGAGGACAUGUCGGGCUCGAACGGGAAGACUGAGCACAAGUCAGUCACGCUGAGCUUCCAUAAGCGAUACAAAGAUGAGGUGUUGAACAACUAUCUUCCCUACGUGAUGGAGACAUUCAAGUGUAUGGAGAGCGAGAAGCGAUCUGUGAGACUGUAUGCAUAUGGAAGUGUCACUGCCCAAUACUACGAAGGGCCAUGGGGAUCAAUCAAUCUGGACCAUCCAUCCACAUUUGACACACUGGCAAUGGAACCAGAGCUGAAGAGAGAGAUCAUGGAGGAUUUGGACAGGUUUGUGAAGAGGAAAGACUUCUACCGUAGAGUUGGGAAGGCGUGGAAAAGAGGCUACUUGUUGUAUGGACCACCUGGGACCGGGAAGUCGAGCUUGGUUGCCGCCAUGGCUAAUUACCUCAAAUUCGACAUCUACGACUUGGAACUUGCCAGUGUGCAAGGCAAUGGUGGGCUCAGGAGCUUGCUGACUGGUACGGCGAAUCGAUCGAUUGUCGUGAUUGAGGAUAUUGAUUGCAGUGCUCAAUUGCAAGACAGAGGUGAUGCAGGGUAUGAUCAUGGGAGUCAGAAUCAGCAGGUGACACUGUCUGGGUUGCUGACCUUCAUCGAUGGGCUGUGGUCGAGCUGCGGCGACGAGAGGAUUAUCGUGUUCACGACGAACCACAAGGAUCGGCUCGACCCAGCAUUGUUGAGGCCGGGUCGAAUGGACAUGCACAUCCACAUGUCAUACUGCAGUCCGAAUGGGUUCAGGAUUUUGGCUUCCAACUACCUCCAGAUCGAGAACCAUCGCCUUUUUGAUGAGAUCGAAAGGCUGAUCAAGGAAUUGGAGGUGACACCAGCGGAGAUUGCGGAGGAAUUGAUGAAGGGCGGUGAUGUUGAUGAUGUCCUUGAAGGACUUGUUGGGUUUCUGGAGAAGAAAAGGGAGAAGCAGAUGGAGCUGUUGGACGAAAGUGGAAGCGGGAAAGAUGAAGGAAUGGAGACUGUGGAGACUGGAAGCAAAGGAGUUGAAGAGAAAGCUGAAAUGGAGAUUGUUUCUUAAGAGGAGAAAGAAGCUAUAUAUGUAUACAGCAAGAACUUGUGUGAUAACAGGAAGCCAAUUAGAGAUCAUUGAUUAAAUACAAUAUAAUAUGCAUGUACGUAUUUUACGCGUUUAAACUCAUUUUACUGUUCUAUAAUUUUCAAUAGA